CCAUCAUCAGAUGUUCCACUGUUCCACCAUCAGAUGUUCUACACUUCUACCAUUAGGUGUUUUACUGUCCCACUAUUAGGUGUUCUAAUAUUCCGCCAUCUGUGUUCCACUGUUCCACCAUCUCUGUUGCACUGUUCUAACAUGAUAUCUUCCACUGUUCCACCAUGAGAUGUUCCACUGUUCCAUCAAGAUGUUCCACCAUUAGAACAUUAGUUGAUCUACUAUUCCAAAUUGUCUAUUCCACUGUUUUACCAUCAUAUGUCCCACUGUUCCACCGUUAAAUGUUUUAGUGUUCCACCAUCAGAUGUUCCACUGUCCCACCAUCAGAGUUUCUACUGUUUCACCAUGAUUGUUGCUGUAACAUUGGAACAUUUGAUUUCAGUGGAUUAAUCAUGGUGGAGCAGUAGAACCUCUGGUGGUAGAACAGUGAACAUGUGAUGGUAAAACAGUAAAACAAGUGAUGGUGGAACAGUGCAACAGAGAAUGUUUAACAGUAGGCUAUCCACUGUUCCACCAUCUCUGCUGCACUGUUCUAACAUCAUAUCUUCCACUGUUCCACCAUGAGAUGUUCCACUGUUCCAUCAAAAGAUGUUCCACCAUUAGAACAUUAGCUGAUCUACUGUUCCACAUUGUCUAUUCCACUGUUUUACCAUCAUAUGUUCCACUGUUCCACCGUUAAAUGUUUUAGUGUUCCACUAUCAGAUGCUCCAUUGUUCCACCGUCAGAUGUUCCACUGUUCCACCAUCAGAAGUUCUACUGUUUCACGAUGAUUGUUCCACUUUUCCAUCAUCAGAUGUUCCACUGUUCCAGCAUCAGUUAUUAUACUCUUUCACCAUCAGAUGUUCCACUGUUCCAUCACCAGAUGCUCUACUUUUAAACAUUCUCUGUUCCACUCUUCCACCAUCAGAUGUUACACUGUUUUAGCAUCAGAUGUUCCACUCUUCCACCAUCAGAGGUUCUAUUAUUCCACCAUCUUUCUUUCACUGUUCCACCAUCAGAUGUUUCACCGUUCCACCGUCAGAUGUCCUACUGUUCCACCAUCAGGUGUUCUAAUGUUCGACCAUCUCUUUUCCAAUGUUUCACCACCUCUGUUACGCUGUUCCACCAAAAGAUGUUCCAUUGUUCCACCAUCAGAUGUUCCACUGUUUCACCAUCUCGGUUCCACUGUUCCACCAUCGUAUCUUCCACUGUUCCACCAUCAGAUGUUUCACUGUUCAACUAUCAGAUGAUCUACUGUUCCAAAUUGUCUGUUCUACUGUUCCACCAUCAGAUGUUUUACUGUUCCAGCAUCUCUGUUCUAUUGUAGCACCAUGACAUGCUCCACUGUUCCACCAUCAUAUGUUACACUGUUCCACCAUUAUAUCUUCCACUGUUCCACAAUGUCUGUUCCACUGUUCCACCAUUAGGUGUUUUACUGUUCCACCCUCUGUUCUACUGUUCCACCAUCAGAUGUUCUACUUUUCAUCCAUUAGCUGUUCCACUGUUCCCCCAUCAGAUGUUCUACUGUUCCACCACAAUAUGUUCCACUGUUCCACAAUGUCUGUUCCACUGUUCCACCAUUAGAUGUUUUACUGUUCCACCAUCUCUGUUCCACUGUUCCACUAUCAGAUGUUCUACUUUUUAUCCAUUAGCUGUUCCACUGUUCCCCCAUCAGAUGUUCCACUCUUCCACCAUCAGAGGUUCUACUGUUCCAUCAUGAUUGUUCCACUGUUCUAUCAUCAGAUGUUCUACUCUUCCAGCGUCAGAUGUUCUACUGUUCCAUCAUCUUUUUUCCACUGUUCCUCCAACUGUGAUGUACUAUUUUACCAUCUCUCUUCCUCUAUUUCUUACUCUGAUGUUUUACUCUUUUACCACAUCUGUUCCACUGUUCCACCCAUUUUUCCACCGUCAGAUGUUCCACUCUUCCACCAUCACAGGUUUUACUCUUCCACCACCGCUGUUCCCUUGUUCCAUCAUCAGAUGUUCCACUGUUCCAGCCUCAUCUGGUCCACUAUUCCACCAUCUCUGUUUCACUGUUCCGACAUAAGAUGUUCAACUGUUUAACCAUCUCUGUUCUACUGUUCCACCAUCAGAUGUUCCACUGUUCCACCAGCAGAUUAACUACUGUUAACCAUUUACUGUUCCACUGUUCCACUGUUCCACCAUCAGAUGUUACACUGUUUUACCAUCACAUGUUCACUGUUCUACCACCAGAGGUGCUACUGUUCCACCAUGAUUGUUUUACUGAAAUCAGAUGUUCCAAUGUUCCAGCAUCACAUAUUCUACUUCUCCAUCAUCAAAUGUUCUACUGUUCUACCAUCUCUGUUCCACGGUUUCACCAUCAGUUGUUUCACCGUUCCACCAUCAGAUAUUCUACUGUUCCACCAUCAGGUGCUCCAGUUUUCAACCAUCAGAUGUUCCACUGUUCCACCACCAGAUGAUCUACUGUUCCAUAUUAUCUGUUCCACUGUUCAACCAUCAGAUGUUCCACUCUUCCACCAUCAGAUGUUCCACUGUUCCACCACCAGAUUUUCCACUGUUCCACCAUUAGAGGUUCUAAUGUUCCACCAUGAUUGUUCCAUUGUUCCAUCAUCAGAUGUUCCACUGUUCCAGCAUCAGAUGUUCUUCUCUUCCACCAAUAGGUAUUCUACUGUCCCACUAUUAGGUGUUCUAAUGUUCCACCAUCUGUGUUCCACUGUUUCACCACCUCUGUUACGCUGUUCCACCAUCAGAUGUUCCACUGUUCCAGCCUCAUCUGGUCCACUAUUCCACCGUCUCUGUUUCACUGUUCCGACAUAAGAUGUUCAACUGUUUAACCACCUCUGUUCUACUGUUCCACCAGCAGAUUAACUACUGUUCACCAUUCUCUGUUCCACUGUUCCACCAUCAGAUGUUACACUGUUUUACCAUCACAUGUUCACUGUUCUACCACCAGAGGUGCUACUGUUCCACCAUGAUUGUUUUACUGAAAUCAGAUGUUCCAAUGUUCCAGCAUCACAUAUUCUACUUCUCCAUCAUCAAAUGUUCUACUGUUCCACCAUCUCUGUUCCACUGUUUCACCAUCAGUUGUUUCACCGUUCCACCAUCAGAUAUUCUACUGUUCCACGAUCAGGUGUUCCAGUUUUCAACAAUCAGAUGUUCCACUGUUCCACCACCAGAUGAUCUACUGUUCCAUAUUGUCUGUUCCACUGUUCAACCAUCAGAUGUUCCACUGUUUCACCAUAAGAUGUUCCACUGUUCCACCACCAGAUGUUCCACUGUUCCACCAUUAGAGGUUCUAAUGUUCCACCAUGAUUGUUCCAUUGUUCCAUCAUCAGAUGUUCCUCUGUUCCAGCAUCAGAUGUUCUUCUCUUCCACCAUUAGGUAUUCUACUGUCCCACUUUUAGGUGUUCUAAUGUUCCACCAUCUGUGUUCCACUGUUUCACCACCUCUGUUACGCUGUUCCACCAUCAGAUGUUCCACUGUUCCACCAUCUCUGUUCUACUGUUCUAACAUCAUAUCUUUCGCUGUUUCACCAUCACAUGUUCCGCCGUCCCACCAUAAGAUGUUACACUGUUCCACCAUCAGCUUGUCUACUGCUGCACAUUGUCUGUUCCACUGUUCCACCGUCAGAUGUUUCACUGUUUCACUAUCUCUGUUUCACUGUACCACCGUCAAAUAUUCUACCGUGCCACCAUCAGAUGUUCCAUUGUUCCUCCCUCAGAUGUUCCACUGUUCCACCAUCAGAGGUUCUACUGUUCCACCAUCAUUGUUCCACUGUUCCAUCAUCAGAUGUUCCACUGUUCCACUGUUCCACCAUCAGAUGUUUUACUGUUCGACCAUCUCUGUUCCACUCUACUACCAUCAAAUGUUCAAUUGUUCCACCAGCAGAUGUUCCACUGUUCAACCAUCAGAGGUUCUAUUGUUCUACCAUGAUUGUUCCACUGUUACAGCAUCAGAUGCUCUACUCUUCUACCAUUAGGUAUUCUACUGUCCCACUAUUAGGUGUUCUAAUGUUCCGCCAUCUGUGUUCCACUGUUUCACCACCUCUGUUACGCUGUUCCACCAUCAGAUGCUCCACCGUUCCACCAUCUCUGUUGCACUGUUCCACCAUCAGAUUCUCCACUGUUCCAUCAAAAAAUGUUCCACCAUUCCACCAUCAGCUGAUCUACUGUUCCACAUUGUCGGUUCCACUGUUUUAACAUCAUAUGUUCCACUGUUCCACCGUCAAAUGUUUUACUGUUCCACCAUCUCUGUUCCACUGUACCACCAUCAAAUAUUCUACUGUUCCACCAUCAGAUGUUCCAUUGUUCCACCGUCAGAUGUUCCACUGUUCCACCAUCAGAGGUUCUACUGUUUCACCAUCAGAUGUUCAACUGUUCCAUCACCAGAUGAUCUACGGUUAAACAUUCUCUGUUCCACUGUUCCACUACCAGAUGUUACACUGUUUUAGCAUCACAUGUUCUACUCUUCCACCAUCAGAUGUUUCAUCGUUCUACCGUCAGAUGUCCUACUGUUCCACCAUCAGGUGUUCUAAUGCUCGACCAUCUGUGUUCCACUGUUUCACAACCUCUGUUACGCUGUUCCACCAAAAGAUGUUCCACUGUUCCACCAUCAGAUGUUCCACUGUUCCACCAUCGCUGUUUCACUGUUCCACCAUCAUAUCUUCCACUGUUCCACCAUCAGAUGUUCUACUGUUCCACUAUCAGAUGA